AAAAAAAAAAAAAAUCAAUGUCGGACGAUGAUAUGAAAACAUCAUCAAUGAAUAACAUAUACAAAGUAUCAAGAAGAAUAAAGAGGAAAGAAAACUCAUUAUAUAAUUCGUUACGUUCGAUACACGAGGACUCGAUAUUCGUAUCGGAGAUAGCUGAAUUAUGGCCUGAGUUACCUCUUGUAGCCAACUUACGUUGUGGACUUUGGUAUUCUAAUAAGUUUAUUAAUCAUUCAAAUUAUAAUUGUUACUUUAAGUCAACUGAUGGACAUACUAAUAACCUGUCGUUUAAUACUUCUCGCCUUAAUCUUCAUCUAGCUUUACUUGCAGGACAGAAGGGAGGGUGUAUGAUCGUUGAUUCUACUCGGAAAGGGAAGAGGUUUCCAGACAGUAUGUCAAAAACCAUACCAAUUUGGACUUGUGUGUUGAAUCGUGCUAUCUUGAAUUACAGAAACAAAAUGGAUGGGAUCAUUAAGCCAAUGGAGCGAAUGGAUUUAUCUGCUCAAAAUUCUGAGACAACUGCGCCAGAGUCCUUUGAAUGGGACACAUCUUUGCAUCUUCCCCUUUGGGUGCCAGACACAGAGAAAACUAGGAUAGAGAAUCACUUGGACGGAUGGGUAAAGCAAUUGGAAACAAGUGGAGCAGAUAUCGCUUCGAUCUCAUCUUUACUGAGAAAACCUUUACGACCUCUCUGGAUCUCACAAAAAACUGUCAUAUGGUUGAACGAAGUUCCUGAUUAUGAUUCAUGGGAUUUUACACCAAUAAUCCUUAUUUCUGCAUCUGCUUCAAGCGAUAUAUAUAGACAAAAGACGAGUUCUGAGUUUAGUUGGAACUACAUAGCAGGAGCUGGUGAUGAUGAAGAGAGUUGGGCAAGAGGUUUAACUCCCGCCCUAUUUUGGAAUAAUGUCUAUGAUUUGAUUAAUUCGGGGCCUGAUAUGUGUAACCAAAAGGUAGCUGCACUUGUUGAAAAGGAUAGAGUAUAUCGUGCUCAACGCGGACAAAUUGCUCCCCAGCUAUCGGUUAAAGCUACAAAGUCAGGGGGUACCGCUUCAACCCAUAUUCAAGAUCAACCAUUUGACAUCACAAACGAGAACGGAAGUAGUGGACAUUUGUUGGGUGAUGAGCAUUCAAUGUUUUGGUUGGGUUUGACGAACCUUGCGGUUUGUUCAAGUGGAUAUGAUUUCAAGGCAUCCAAUGUCGAUGUCAUACUCAACUGUGAUCAAAAUCAGGUUCUUUGUACCCUUGUGGAUGCUGAAGCUCAUUUACACCUGCCUAUUAUGAACUCAAAGUUUGAUAGAUUUUCUCUGCAAAGAAAUUUACCUUCUGCAUUGAGUUUUGCCAUGCUGCAUCUGAGAGGGGGGAAGAGGCUUGCAGUCUGCUGCAACAGUGGAGAAGACAUUAGUGUUUGUGUUUGCUUGGCAAUAUUGAUCUCCUUAUUCAAUGUUGAAGGGGUUUAUGAUGACGGAAAAUUUUUCAAAGAGAAAAGAAUAACAAAGCUAGAUAUGCGGGAGAGACUGAUAUUCUUAUGCAAAUAUGCCGUAAAUGCAAGGCCUUCAAGAGGUAAUCUUAAGCAAGUAUUCAACUUUCUUUCUAGUGCAAGUCCUUGACUGCGUUUUUGCAAACUUAAACUUGUACAAGCACAUUUGUUAUAGAGUUAUACUAGAGAUUAGAUACAUACAUAGUAAAGAGGUGGAUCUGAAAAACUUUAUGUAAUAUUCUUUAUAACUUUGUUUUCAAAAAGUAUAAGCAAUGAUAGUACUCUGAAUAAUGUA